ACGUGCUAUAUCCACACUAAUUACAAUUUAUUACGUCACUCAAUCAAAAUUCGUGAAUUCCACCCCUCUACAAAUUACAACAUCAUUGGGCACCGUGGUGGUGCUCUCUGCCAGUUCCAGAAUCACCUUCUUUUCUUUUUCCUUAAAUUUCACCGGAAAGUAACCACCACCACCACCACCGAGGUCUGAAAGCUGAACCAUAACAGAAAUGUGAAACCUGUCUUUCUUGAAAAUUCCCUUUUAACUUUCCUGGAAACUUCCCUCCCUUUUUCCCGAGAAAACACUUUCCUGUAAAAAAAAUAAAAAUAAAUAAUCUGUGUCAAAACCGACUCUAUGACAUAGGGUACUAGUGCGGUGGUUGCACACACAAUCUCUCUCUUUCCAAAUAAAAUAAUUCUUAUUGUCUGUUCCCAGUCUCUUUCAGAUCUGCAUUUGGCAUUGCGUGAGACACACAACACAUACAGACAUUCUAUCAUUUUCCGAUCAAGUUUAAAACUUUGCAGUUGAUUGGUAAAAACUGAUUCUGAAUUGGGAGGUUUUGGGGAUUGUGGGAUGUGAAUUUGAAUUUGGAUUGAAUUCGGUUUUGUGUGAUGAUGAAAUGUUGAGAUGAGGAAAAUUAGUGAAGUUUGGAUUUGGAGAUAAAAGGAUUUGAAUUUUGGUGAUAUUAGCUUGAAAUGGGGUCGAGGAAUGAGAGGCGUCACCAAAAUCUUGUGCCUCUAGCUGCACUUAUCAGCAGAGAGAUGAGGAGUGAGAAGGUGGAGAAGCCAACUUUGAGAUACGGGAAUGCUGCUCAGUCUAGGAAAGGGGAGGAUUAUUUCAUGAUAAGGACUGAUUGCCAGAGAAUUCAGGGGAAUCCUUCAUCUACAUUUUCUGUGUUUGCGAUCUUUGAUGGGCACAAUGGGAACGCUGCAGCAAUUUAUUCAAAGGAUCACUUGUUAAAUCAUGUGUUGGGUGCACUUCCUCGCGGGCUUGGGCAGGAUGAGUGGCUUCAAGCUUUACCUAGGGCAUUAGUUGCAGGUUUUGUGAAGACUGACAAGGAGUUUCAGAGUAGAGGAGAAACCUCUGGAACUACGGUUACAUUUGUAAUAAUUGAUGGAUGGACAGUGACAGUUGCAUCUGUUGGAGACUCUCGUUGUAUUUUAGAUACUCAAGGGGGUGCUGUCUCCGUUUUAACUGUUGAUCACAGGCUUGAAGAAAACGUGGAGGAGAGGCAACGUGUAACUGCCAGUGGAGGUGAAGUUGGGAGGCUUAGCAUUUUUGGUGGGGCUGAGGUUGGUCCCUUGCGGUGCUGGCCAGGAGGUUUAUGCCUUUCACGGUCAAUAGGAGACAUGGAUGUCGGAGAAUUUAUUGUUCCAAUACCCUAUGUUAAACAAGUGAAGCUAUCAAGUGCAGGUGGAAGGCUUAUAAUUGCAUCUGAUGGCAUCUGGGAUGCAUUAGACUCAGAAAUGACAGCAAAAUCUUGCCGUGGUUUGGCUGCUGAACUUGCCGCUAGGCAAGUUGUGAAGGAAGCUCUAAGGACAAGGGGGUUAAAGGAUGAUACAACCUGCAUAGUUGUUGACAUAAUUCCUCCUGAUAAUUCACCACAACCUUUGCCUACUCCAAAAAAGCAAAACAAGCUCAGAGCUCUAUUGUUCAGAAAGAGGUCUCAUGAUUCUGCUAAUAAACUAUCUAAGAAGCUAUCAGCUGUUGGUAUCGUAGAAGAACUAUUUGAAGAAGGCUCAGCAAUGCUUGCUGAAAGAUUAGGAAAUGACGACUCUAGCAGCCAAUCAACAACUGGUCUGUUCAUAUGUGCCAUUUGCCAAGUUGAUCUUGCUCCAAGUGAGGGCAUAUCUGUUCAUGCUGGUUCUAUCUUCUCAAUGAGCUCGAAGCCCUGGCAAGGUCCUUUCCUUUGUGCUGAUUGCCGUGAUAAGAAGGAUGCCAUGGAAGGAAAACGACCUAGUGGAGUUAAAGUGGCAUAAUUCAUUUAUUUUUGUAUGUUAAUUUUUGCUUCAUCAUUCUUUAUUAUUCCCAUUUUUCUAGACCAGGUAAUUGUUUCGAAUAUACAAUGUUGUUACACUGAAUGUAUAUGUCGUAGUUGCAAGUAAUGUAAUGCGGGGUUCUAGCAUAUGAUGAAGAGUUCAAUUGAGCAGUACCUAAAUAAUGGUUAAUGUUGAAUAUGUUCUUUUUGUGUGUUCA